AUGGCUUCCCUCUCCCCACCGAUUCUUUCUCUCAAAUCUCUCUUUCUGUCGUUACUCUUCACUCUUAACCAUGCAGUUUUUGCUGUCACCGUUUACGGGCAGACGCCUCUUGGCAUGACCAUGACUUCCUCCCUCGCAUCUGGACCGGUGCCUACCCUACCUGCCUACGACAAGACAGUUCUCAUUCCCCCAGGACCGCCUCAACCACCAACAACUGCCUUUGGAUUAGAGCUUCAGCCUCAAGCAGCAAGCGUUCCGGGCUUGUCAAUUACCCAAUCCGGAGCGUUCUUAGGAUUCUCCAUUGAAAUGUCUGUUGUCAAUCAAGUCCUUGGCAAAAAUUCAUCACAUAUCGCUGUUCCAUUGCUCAAUCUUCUGGGAAAUCUUCAGCACCGUGCCGGUAGCGUUCGCAUCCGUUGUGGUGGUAAUACACAGGAGUUAGCUCGAUUUACGGACCAGUUGGACAAUGGCGCAGCCAUUGCUAAGGAAAAAGGCAAUGCCCUGAAUCCAACACAAACACCCGCUGUCUUAUACACCAUGGAUUUGUUCUAUAUCAUGUCUAACAUCUCGUCCUUGGUUAAUGUCAAGUGGUAUCUCGGCAUUCCGUUCAACGACACCAACUUCGAUUUGAGAAUAUCCGAGUACGGCCAGGCAAUCUUGGGAGAUAACCUCCUUGCCCUCCAAGCGGGAAACGAACCUGAUCUAUACGCUCGCCAUCAGAAACGACCAGAAACUUGGCAUGUGGCCGACUACAUGCGCGAAUUCGGUGAUCUGGUAUCAUUCAUCAACAACCAUCCGAACAUCCCUAUCAAGAACAACCUCAUCGGCCCCAGCGUCGCCUCCGCCGACUGGACUCCCGAAAUGGUUUGGGACGCCGGAUACAUCGAAACUUUCAAGGACGUCUUAAGCAUCAUUGCCGUCGAACACUACCCCAACAACAAUUGUUUCGCUGCGUUCGGUGGAUCGGGGAGUCUCAAGAUCCCCCAAGACGAAUUUGCCGCCUAUCUUAACCACAACGCCGGACGCGAUCUUGUCCGCCCGUACCUCAAUUCCAGUGCCAUCGCGCUCGCGGCAGGGAAACCAUUCAUGAUGUUCGAGACCAACACGGCUUCGUGUGGUGGCUUCCCCGGUAUUUCGGAUACAUUUGGCGCCACUCUUUGGGCCUUGGACUACGGUUACCAAAUGGCGUAUGCCAAUUUCUCCGGUGCCCUCUUCCACGUUGGUGGUCAGAACGUUUACUACAACCCUUUCACUGCUCCUCCUACUAAUCAGACCGCUUUCCAUCAAUGGACGGUCGGCGCCAUCUUCUACUCCGUCCUCGUCAUGACAGAGUCCUUCGGCAAGUCCAACCAGUCGAGGAUCAUCGAUCUCAACGCCAACGGCGACAACAUCUUCACCCCGGCGUACGCCAUCUACGAUCAAGACGUACUCUCCAAGGUGGCCCUCUUCAACUACGUCGACGAUGCAUCUGGUGCGAGCGAUUACACCGCAACCAUCUCCGUUGGAGGAGGAAAUACGGGCGCCCCGAACUCAUCCCCUGCUGAGGUCAAGGUCAAAUACCUUGCAGCUAGCUCUGUCUCUACCGGCGUCAACAUCACAUGGGCUAACCAGACAUUCGGAAACGCUUUCGAGGUCGAUGGCCAUCUCAAAGGCGAUCUCGAAAUCGUGACUGUCCCCUGCGACCAGGCCUCCAACACCUGCCAAAUCCGCGUCCCCGCCCCCGGCUUCGCCCUUGUCUUCAUCAACGGCAACCCAGAAGUCGAAGAAAGCGACAUCACGUUCUCGACCACCGCCUUCACGAAGCUCAUGAACACCGCCACCGUCGAUCCCGCCGUUCUCGAGACGUCGAACGGCAUGUCAGGCAAGGACCGCUCAAAGAUGGGCAGCACGAGUUUCGGUAGUAUCGACAACGGCGCCAGCGCUGCUAUCCACGGAUAUGUUUCGGUGGUGACGGCGGUCACCUCCAUGAUGGCAGGGUGGAUACUAUUGAGACAUGUUAUCUGA